UGCGCUCGGACGAGACAGUAGGAAAAUAAAAAUUUAAGACGCCGCCGCCGCCUCCGUUCACUUUCACUCGGACCGCUCGCGCGCGACUUCUACCAACAACAGUCGACAGUCGUUCAGUUACCCGCUGGUCGCGUGCGCCUCAGCUGCUGCGGUGGUCACGGACGGAGACAGAGUACGUCGCGCGCCUUACAGACACGGAAAAUCCGGAAAAUUCGCACAAUGAUCUGACACCAAGCAUGAACAUGAAAGAGCCAUGGCCGGCCAUACAAUCACGAGUUACCAAACAUUGCUAUACCUGUUCACGUUCGUCGCAAUCGGCGAAAUACUGUGUCAGGGUAGAAACACCCCUGCAGCGAGACUCCAGACGCCACUGCCGAAGGGGCGCGCCAUACCUGUAGCCUCCGCCAACGGAGGUCCUGCGGCGAACGCCAUCGGCCGCCCGACCAAACAACAGCAGCAGGACGCCGUCCAGAAACAGACCACGCCGACUCCGCCGGUCUCGGUCAAAGAGCUGUUCAAUUCUUCGUCGUGCGUCGAACCUCCGUUCACGUGCCCUCAUCCGAAGAUCCAGUUUUACUUGUACACCAGGCUCACGCAGAACAAUCCCGACUUGAUGGACGUGACCGACCCGGAAUCGCUGUACACGUCACAUUUCAACCCUAAACAUCCGGUCAAGAUUAUCAUACACGGAUUCCAAGGCGGCCGAAAUCUGUCACCGAGUACCGAUCUCCGGAACGCUUAUUUCACUCGAGGAAACUACAAUAUAAUCAUAGUGGACUACUCCAGUUUGGCGCAAAUUCCUUGUCUGAACCAAGUGGAAUGGGCGCCUAGAUUCUGCGCCAUGUGCAUCGCUCAACUGGCCAACUACCUGGCCGAUCAUCCCCGAGGAGUUCCGCCCGACAAGCUACACAUGAUGGGGUACAGCGUGGGCGCUCACAUCGCAGGCCUGGCGUCCAAUUUCAUCAACUCGGGAAAAAUCGGACGGAUCACCGGCUUGGACCCGACGAUCAUAUUCUACAUGAGCAACAACCGAUCCAGGGACCUCGAUCCCACGGACGCUCAUUUCGUGGACAUCAUACACACGGCGGCGGGCAUCCUGGGUCAGUGGGGCCCCAGCGGACACGCUGACUUCUACGUGAACGGCGGCACUUCGCAGCCCGGCUGCGCCAGCGACAGCAUCAUUCAGACGCUGUCGUGCGAUCACACCAAAGUGACACCGUACUUCAUCGAGUCGAUCAACUCCAACGUCGGAUUUUGGUCGUUACCUUGUGCUAACCGAUUUUACUUCAACUUGGGCCUUUGCGAUCCGCCGGAGUCUGAGUACGUUUUGAUGGGCGAACACGUGACACACAAAGCUCGUGGUAUUUAUUACCUGCACACGAACGCGAAAAAACCUUACGCCAGAGGCUUUCCCAAGAAGGCGCUGAAGACGUGAUUGUCAUCGUCAACCUGCAGCCGUGCGCGGACCUUUGCAAUCUGCCGCAACGAUACACUAUAUAUGAUAUUAAAAUAUACGAAAAAAAAGGCCUAGUCAAAUAAUAUUAUAUGUAUUAUUAAUAUUGUUUUGUGCGUCCUGGCACCUGCAUAGAAUAGAAUAGAAUAUUGUAAUCUAUUCUGUGCCGACAUCGUCCGCAUAUUAUAAUAUUAUAAGACCUUAGAUCAUAUACAACGGACAGAGCCACUAUGUAUUAUAAAUGCGCACUACACGUGUUUGAAGACAUCAUUAUCGACGAGUCGCCAGAGGACUGACUUCAGCUAUCGCUAAUGUGUGUCAGUAUACUCGUCGCAUAUUUAUCAUACUAUUAUACGGGUACAGUGAAGCUUUCAUAAUAUCACGAAGUCGCGCGGGCAACGAAUAAAAUUCGUAUCAUAGAGAAUUUCUUUAGAUAAAUUUGGAAAUAAAUUUCCAAAUUUCAAAUUUGGUUUGCUUCAUACAAUUAUGUCUUUAAACAGAAAAUGUUGUCUAAUGGAAGUUUCACUGUUUAUCAAGUCAUAACCAGAAACCAGCGAUGACACAAAUUGUGCGUGAUAACGGAUGUACUUACCAACCGAAUGCGAAUUUUCCUCAAUUCCACUACCAUUGUUGUUGUGUUGGCUUCAAACAUUUAGUCAGGUGUAGCUCUAUUCAUUGUGUAUAAUAUGAUCUAAGUAUAAAGACAUACAUACUUUUAUUGAUAAUUAUAAAAUGAUAAUAUUAUGUCGUGUUGUAUAUACUUCCCUCGUGCUUAUUACCGCGUACAUACAUAUAUAUUGAUUCUGUAUAUAUUUAUCCAGACGGUGAAUGUUUCAAGUUUUUUGUGAUCAUAGAUUAUAAUAUUUUGUAAAUAAUUAUUUUCUGUGUAUAAAAUAGAUGAAUAGUGUUACUGCAGCGUAUUAUAGUCAAUACUGGUGUAUAGUUGUAGACUUGUAGUAUAAUUUAUUCGUACAAUAGUGUCGUAUAUUAUUGUUCGAUCGUUUUGAAACCAUUAAGUUGGAACGAAAACGCUAAUAAUUGUAUUAUAAUAUAUAUUAUGUGUAUUAAGAUUAGGCACGUGCGUCGUGCAGACGAUAAAUGUCGAGAAAAAAAUAUGUCAAUUUAGUUUAGAAUAAUUAGUAAAAAUUGGUCUAGUGGUAAUGAAUAAAUAUGAACAUUAUUAUUUUAUUAUGACGCGUCCCAAUAAUAAUAUAAUAUAGGUAUUAGUAGUAUAUGAAAUUUCCUAUUAUGACAUCACAAUCGAAAAUUGUAUUUUAUUGCCAUAUAUAUUAUUAUUAUAUUACAAUUAUUGAAAAUAAAAUGUUUAUUGUAA